AUGUUUCAGUCACUUGUUUUAGUAAAUAUUGUAUUGAUUUUACUUAUUAAAGUGUAUUGCAAACUUACAACAGGAAUAUGUAGGACCAGUAGACAUUUAGUGGGCAAAGUGGCAAUAGUUACGGGUGGAAAUAAAGGUAUCGGAUUCGAGACGGCGAAAAACUUUGCUGAAAGAGGUGCUCGUGUUAUUCUGGCAUGCAGGAGCGAGACGUUGGGCACAGCAGCGCGGGACGAGAUCAUCGCAGCCACCGGCAACUCAGACGUCCACUACCAACAUCUUGAUCUUUCUUCCCUGGCUUCUGUAAGAGCGUUUGCAGCUGGUAUAAUCAAGACCGAGAAACGCCUCGAUAUACUUGUCAAUAACGCCGGUGUUUAUGACAUGCCAAACGAGAAAACAAAGGAUGGACUACUACUUGCCGCACAAACUAAUCAUUUCGGACCAUUUCUCUUGACCUGCCUGCUGCUCCCGCUACUGAAAACAUCGGCACCUAGCCGAAUCAUAAACGUAUCUUCGAUGGCUCAUCGCCGUGGAACAGUUGAUUUAGAUAAUCUUAAUGCAGAAAAGGAAACUAGUGAAACCUUUAGUUAUAGCAAAGUGUACGCUAAUACAAAAAUAUAUAAUAUUUUAAUGACUGUAGAAUUAGCAGAAAGAUUGAAAGGAACGGGAGUCACUGCGAAUAGUUUACACCCAGGAGUUGUAUCGACAGACAUUUUGUUGAAAAUAAAAUCGGGCUGGACCAGAGCACUGAUGCCCUAUAUUAGUAAGUUCUUUAAAACACAGUGGGAAGGUGCUCAGACUUCGAUUUACCUUGCUGUUUCCCCUGAAGUGGAAAGCGUUAGCGGCAAGUAUUUCGCUGACUGUCACGAAGCAAAUGUGACAAGACUUGCCGAAGAUCGAGAUAUAGCACGCAAACUCUGGGAGGUUUCAGAAAAAAUGGUUGGACUUAAAUAA